GGGAGGGGGAGACCUGUGAAGAUGGCGGCAGUGGUAGAGCUAGAGGUUGGACGAGGUGCUGCCGGGGAACGGGAGCUGGAUGAGGUUGAUAUGUCACAACUCUCCCCAGAGGAGCAAUGGAGGGUCGAGCAUGCACGCAUGCAUGCCAAGCACCGUGGUCAUGAAGCCAUGCAUGCCGAAAUGGUCCUCAUCCUCAUCGCUACCUUGGUGGUGGCCCAGCUGCUCCUGGUGCAGUGGAAGCAGAGGCAUCCUCGCUCCUACAAUAUGGUGACCCUCUUUCAGAUGUGGGUUGUUCCCCUCUAUUUCACAGUGAAGCUGCACUGGUGGAGGUUCCUAGUGAUCUGGAUCUUCUUCUCUGCUGUCACAGCCUUUGUCACCUUCCGAGCCACCCGAAAGCCACUAGUGCAGACAACCCCAAGGUUGGUUUAUAAGUGGUUCCUGCUGAUCUAUAAAAUUAGCUAUGCCACUGGCAUCGUUGGCUACAUGGCUGUCAUGUUUACCCUUUUCGGUCUUAAUUUAUUAUUCAAGAUCAAACCAGAAGAUGCCAUGGACUUUGGCAUUUCUCUCCUCUUCUAUGGCCUCUACUAUGGUGUUCUUGAGCGGGACUUUGCAGAAAUGUGUGCAGACUACAUGGCGUCUACCAUAGGGUUCUACAGCGAGUCAGGCAUGCCUACCAAACACCUCUCGGACAGCAUGUGUGCCGUGUGUGGGCAGCAGAUCUUUGUGGAUGUCAGUGAAGAGGGCAUCAUCGAGAACACGUACAGGCUGUCUUGCAAUCACGUUUUCCACGAGUUCUGCAUUCGCGGCUGGUGCAUUGUGGGAAAGAAACAGACGUGUCCCUACUGCAAAGAGAAGGUCGACCUCAAGAGGAUGUUCAGCAACCCCUGGGAGAGGCCCCACGUCAUGUACGGGCAACUGCUGGAUUGGCUUCGCUAUUUGGUAGCCUGGCAGCCUGUCAUCAUUGGCCUGGUACAAGGCAUCAACUACAUCCUGGGCCUCGAGUAAUCAGGCAGAAGAGCAUCCACCCACCAUGGACCUCAGGGCACACUCCUCCCUGCCCUUCAAGACCUCCUGGGUGGGAAAGACUCAAAGGGGCACUUGGGCCACUCAGGACCCUCCUGGCUGUGUCCGGGCAGGGGAGGGAUAUGAUGGCGAGCUAGCCAGUGGGCUGUCAGCAGUGGGGGCUUUUUAAAAGAAAACUAUUUUGAUGAAUAUAUUUAAAAACCUUUUUUAUUGUGGAGCAUAGGAACUGCCCCAACUCCUGCAGGCCUUAUCCUCCUGCUUGAGCAAGGCGGGAGCAGAGCCACAACCUUUCUGGUGUAAAGGAGCCUCCUCACCUCUGGCUGAGAGCCUCAGCCCACCCAUCUCUCCUUCCCUCGAAGGGGCUCAAGCCUGGCACGCUCAGCGUGGAAGAGCUGAAGCCCUCCCACUGGUGCCACAGAGGAGCACUGUGUGGUGAGGUAUCUUCUACCUUCCCCUGUCCAGGAGCCAUAGGCUGGUUGAGGCAAGUGGAAUCUUGUGACUUUUCCAGUGAGGGAAGCCUUGGGACCUCAGAAUGCCUUGAGGAUUUGUUUGGGGGCAGGAGCAGUUUGGGUGACCUGCCCGGAGCAAACCUGCACUCAGCCAGAACGGAGGCCAUGGGAGCUGCAAUGAUUGAGGGCCCCUUGUGCCCGGAAGUGGCAGUAUAUACCACAGGCCAUUCAGCCACAUCACUUCCUUCCCAGAAAGCCUGUGUGAAUGUGUGCGUGCGUCUGAGUGGGUGCGGCAGAGGGAUUGUGACAGACAAGAAAGAGACUUUGUUCCCUUGAAGCUGGCAGGGGAUUCCCGGCCAGAGAAUGUCCCUGCGUCAGCUUUGUUGUUCAUGGGUCCUGUCUGGGCCUGGCAGGGGAAGUAGGAGGAGGGGGAGGCCCAGGUGAGUAUGGCUUCUGAAAAGGGAUUCCAGGGAGGCCCAGCCCUGGUCCUAGGAGUUGUGCGGACGUGGGAGGGUAAACAUGGGGCUACUAGGGGCCUCGGCCCAUCUGGGCCUACCCCUUCAAGGGCAGCAAGAACCAGGAAGGAUCUUGUCACUCCAUUCUGAAUAAAGCUCCAUGAGCUGGGUUGGAAAGCUGAA